UAUAAAUUUUGAUUGUCCUGUUUUUAUAUUUUCAAAUUUCAAUUAAUUGAUAAAUAUUAGAAUUUUGUAGUUUUUUUUAUUUCGAAACUAUCAAUGAAGUAAUAAAGGUUAUACUAGUUGUAUUUUUACUAUUACAUAGUAUAAUUAAAUUAAAACAUGGACCCAGAAGCAGGAGAAAUUUUAACUCAGGAAGACUUUUUUCUUCCGCCGGUUAAAUAUGAAUAUUUAGACCACACAGCUGAUGUGCAACUACAUGCAUGGGGAGAUAGUCUUCAAGAGGCGUUUGAGCAAUGUGGAAUGGCCAUGUUCGGAUAUAUGACAGAACUAAACUAUGUCGAAAUUAAAGAAGUUCAUACUAUUGAGGCUACAGCCGACGAUAUGUUGGGUCUUCUGUACCACUUCCUUGACGAACUGCUCUUUCUGUUUAGUGCUGAACCAAAUAUAAUUUGUAGAAAGUUGGUAAUAACAGAAUUCAACACGGAAUGCUUCCGGAUAGUGUGCAAGUGCUAUGGUGAAGAGUUUCAGAUUGGAAAACAUCCUCAGGGAUCGGAAGUAAAGGCUAUCACAUAUUCAGCCAUGCAGAUCAUAGAUGAACCAAAGGACAAUAAGUUUGAAGUAUUCGUUAUUAUUGAUAUUUAGUUGUACGACUUAUUAUUUAUAUAAUAUUAUUUUAAACAAUGUUAUUGUUAAACAUAAUGCAUAAAUUACAUAGAUCAAUACUCUUAUCAAAAAGGAUUUAAUAUGUUACCGUUGUCGCUGAUCAACUUUUCUAUUAAUUUUUACACGCCGAAAUAAAUAUUUUUUUAUAUUAA